AUGUCGAACGCAAACCCAAAAAAGGAAGACAGGACGUUUACCUUUGUAGAUUACGACAUCAAUAGACGAGGGGUUACCGAAACCGCAAGAGCGCAUCUGAUGAAGGACAGAGUACGAUCGAAAAGAGAGGCGAGAUCUGAAUGGGUGUUGCGCAAUCAAUUCUCGCCGCUGCGUUGGAUGCGACCCAAAGAGGAGAACACGGAAAUACUUGAUGCAAACACCUUACCUGUACGGCGAGCUCAUUCCAGCGAAUCACCGAGACAGGCAACCAGCUCAAUGUCUCACUAUUCGGCAGUCAUCGAUUCUCAAAGGGAUCCUGGCCUCUCAACAAAUUCCCCAGAUCUGGAAAAACUCGAAGCAUCGGCAAUAGGCACCGGAGUGUAUAGAGGAAAGCCACGAAGCCUAGAUUCCUGUGAGAAGAUUCCGACAGCCGAUCUAAGCAAGGGCCCAGAAGGGGGAUUUGCCGGGGUCGGCGGAAGUUAUUCAGAUUCGGCUAAAAGGAAACAUUCAACCAGCAUUGACGACGACGCGGGAAUAGAGAAUGAGCUGGAUGUCAAUGUUGAGGAUCAUCACUUGUCCACCAAUUCAAAAAAUCGGCGAGAGGCUCUCAAGGUUGAUUCCGAGUUCGGACUAUCACCCUUAGAGGGGUUUAAACCUGGUAAUACGCCACCGCAGAAGUGGGUCCCCCUUCAGAAGUCACCUUUAGAAACCACAGGGGGACGUUCAAGCAAAUUGCUGUCCAAGUUGGAAGCCUCGGUGGAAAGAAUUCCCGUCCACCUUCUGCCCUCCGACCGCAAUCUCGUCCGGUACUUUGCCGCAAAUGCAGGCUCGUUGCUUGGCUUGGAGCAGUUGCCGGAAAUCGAGGCCAAGUACGACCCAGUGUUCAACUUUUUCCUUCCAUUUGCCUGUUCCAGUCAGUGGUGUUUUGAGACCAUGGUUUUGUUGGGAAGUGCGUACCAUCAUAAGAAACGCGUGCGACCAAGCGAACGUGGUGCACUUUACUCGGAAAACCACUACCUUGCAGCUCGCCAGAAUGUAAUACUUGCCCAAACGAGGUCGAGAAUUUCUGCUUUGGCGAACCACUGUGAUUCGGGUGAUAACGACGUCGUGGCUUUCCUUUUCUUGGCAGUGAGUGAGUACUGCUUUGGUGAUAGAGAGGCCGGUCGAAUGCAUUUUCGGGCUUGGACAGACUAUUGCGAAAUGAGACGAAUUCUUGGAGCGCCACCUUGUGGUUUACUCUGCAAAAUAGUCGUAUGGUGGUGCGUUUCGAUGCUGAUUGAGGACGAUGUGCCUUUGGACUCAAUCAUUGACUCAUCGACCAAAGCGAGAGUAAGAGAAGAUCCAGCAAAGCUCUUCCGGUACUUCAUGGUCACUAGCGGAGUAGAUUUGGAGCAAACCAGCACCGGAGACUUAGUAGGCAGGCUGGAUUGA